AUGUCUUUAUUCGCUGUGACGGUGUUUGUGAGUUUGUAUUGUGGAGUGCAGUCAGGUUGCAGUAGAUCAAACUGGUGGGGAAGUUUUGACAACCCUGGUCUGUCCAAGUGUAACGGCUACGGGGACUUCAUGUCCGGCGUGUUCCGGAACUCUCGCCCCGGCUGGGAUGAUGACCCCCUGUACUUGCUGGAAGAGGCUGAGUGCUGCAGCAGAGUUUGGCCCUGGUCAAGUUCCAAAACUCAGGUGGUCUACGCGGACUGGUGGUCGACGUUUGACCGGUCUAACACCUGGGCUACGUGUCCGAAUGGUUAUUUCCUUAACGGUCUGUACCGGAGUGAUCAAGGGAAAGGGAAGCUUCACAACAUCGAGGAAGGGCGAUGUUCAAAGCCGGCCGAUCACCCAACCUACUAUGGACACUGCUAUGAUCACGAUAUCAAGUACUGUUUUGAUGAGCAGAACAUCUGUAAGUGUAAUGACGGGUAUUACAUGGUAGGCUUGUACCGUGGAGACUGUGAUUGGCUGUACUGUCUGGAGACGUUACGCUGUUGUAAGACGGCGGCUGGUCCCGAAGAACUGGACGAGAUCUACAAGGUGAAGACCCGCAUCAUGAACACCAUCAUGGCGGACCUGGCCCUACUCGCUCAUUACAUGGGGUACGGCUGGUGCUCUGGGUGUAGAGCGGAGUAUGUUGGCGAGGACUUCCGGUUACAAGACACCACGUGGUAUGCUGAUAAAAGCGGAAGGUGCGAUGGGUACAAGAGCGAUCAGAGAUUAAACAUGGCGUUCGCUGAUUGGAGCUACGUCAUCAAAGAGAUACGAUACGGAACUCCUGUUAUUCAGGAGCUGACGCCGGAAACUCUGGACUCUGGAACAGUCUACAACAACGACCCGACCUCUGCCACCAAGACCAUCACCAGGACGGAGACCAGUGUCCGCAGCGUCACGCACACGACGUCCAACACCUUCAAGGACAGCCACGAGAUAGGUGUCGAGGUCAGCUACAAGCCCCCAUCAGCUACAGGCGGUGCGGGCAUCGCGGCCACUUAUAAAUUCAAAUACGAAUCAGAUAGUACCACAACCGACUCGACCAACAACCAGCAGACCAACACGUUUACUGUCAGCACCUCAAAAACUCUGGCACCCAACUCCGCAGCCAGAUGGAGCUUUGUCAUAACAAAGACCCGCCAGUCUGUCGCCUACACGGCCGUCAUUCUGGUCAGGUGUUCAGCGGAGUUGCUUGGAUUCCUGCGCUGGGGCGGCGGUGCCAGCAACCCCGACACCAACUACCACUACCAGUACCGAGGCAGCGGAGACCGUCCCACCUUCAACUACAAGUUUGGUGACGCGUCGCUUCCGUUUUACACAGCGAUCAAGCGUCAGAGUGACUCGAACGCCAGACCUUGGUUGUGGAGCGACAUGAUCAAUGCGCACCCGUCCGCAUCAAGCUUAAUCAGCGGACUAUCUGACGAGGGCGUGUACCAGUUUACGCUGAGCGGCAAGUUUGAUGACGUCAUCGGAAAAAACGCAGAUUUCCACUGGGACGCUGUUACCCUAGGAAAAAGGGAGGUCACUCUAGACGAGUCAACAAACUCAACAGACGACAACAUUUACCAGGAGUCCACGCACAUCGCCCGACCACUGCCCCAAGACAAGCCUCCAGUGGAACCUGAGCCACCCAAAGUGGACAUCGGAGUCCGGAACUCCACGAGAACUGAGCGAGUCAGACCUGGUGCCGUGUAGACGAGAUUCCUGAGCCCUGUGUUGUUUACCCGGACAACACAAGACGAAACAAUUGGACAUACACACAAAUAAAUUACU